AUGAAGGGGGUAUCUUUGCUUUCGCUAUUUGGUGCAGCUGUGAUAGCUCAUCCAACAGGACUGUGGUGGGGCACUGAUGUCUGUUAUACCAGUCCCGAAAAGGCUGAUAACCAGUGUUCCCCAGCACAGCAAGUUGGAUUCGACUGGUCCCAGCUUGGAAACGGUGAUAACUGGAGCUAUGAUGGGUUCAACUUUGUUGGCUUCACUGCUAAAGAUGGUUGUCGUGAUUCUGAAUCCGGAACAUGCAUCGGGGGAACUCUCAGCCGUAAUGAUGGCUAUAGUCUCGAGGUCAACACUGCCGACACUCCAUUCUCUAUUCGCACUUUCCACCUCUCGACUUCUCGGCAGACCAACGUCCUCAUCACAUAUGAGAUGCCCGAGGGUCGCCCCUGUCACCAGGUGGCUUUCAGUUCUCGUCAGGGAAUCGACGUGCACAAUGAUCAGUGUGGUGGUGCAACCGCGGUCAAGUUCCAGCUUCCUGAAGAAAGCAAGUUUGGUGAUUGCACACUGAAUAUCCACGCUAUCAACUUCGAUUGCUCGUCCGGAGAAAAGCACACUGGCCACCCUUCCAGCAUCCCGCCUCCAUCUGAACCGGAGCCAACCCUGAGUCUACCAACUCACAGUCUACCGACUUACAGCCCACCUGCUGAAACUCUGUCUACGCUUCCUACUCCCGUGCCGGAGCAUCAUCACACAUCAGUGUGGGAAGUUACCUCGCCCUCUCCUUCAGCACCUGAACAUCAUCAAACAACUAUGGUGCCACUUCCUCCAGUUUCCAGUCUCACCAAGCCUACGACUACAGUGUGGGAAACUACCCAAAUCACUGUCACCAAAUGCGAAGCCACCGUUACCGAUUGUCCCGCUCAUUCUACCGUGGUCAUUCAUUCUACUUACGCGCUGUCAACUACUGUCUGUCCUUCCCCGUCCACCAAGCCCAACUCAGAUCAUUCGCUUCCCACAAUCCUCCCCUCAAGCUCCUCGAGCACUAUUACCAGCAGCAAAGUCACUCCCGAAAUCAGUGUUUCACACACCCCUGCACCUGUCCCAUGCCCGGAAUUGGUACCCAAGUGCAUGAACACCUGGCUUUCAAUCCCCAAAUGCGACUCCAACAGCGAUGCAGCCUGCUUCUGUCCUUCUCCAGAAUUCACAAACAAGGUCCAAUCCUGCAUACACGCCUGGGGAACCUCCAAGCACGAAAUCGACUCUGCGCUCUCUUAUUUUACUGGCAUUUGUGCGCCCUAUGUUCCCAAGAACCCGACUAUCAUUGACAUUGUGCCUCCCCCUGGUCCCCAUGAGGCCCAUACAGCUGUUACUGCGCCCAAGCCUGCAGGAACUCCCUGUACAACCAUCACAUGGGCAUCGCACACGGUCACCGUCCCCCAGGUCGGAUUCAACACUGUCACUGGUAGCUCUAUGACCUCUGUGGAUCUGGUCGUUGGUACUCCCGCAAGUGCGAAGGUUACUUCUCCGUCGGAGACCGGACAGCACAAGCACUCGUGGAAAACAUCUGCGACAACUACUCCCUGCUCUACUCGAACUUCUACUCUCUUGACGACUAUCACCCGAGGUCCCACUGUAUCGAACCCUGUCCCUGAGCCCACCGAGAGUGUUGUGUAUGCCAACUCUGGGGAGAAGCCGCACAUCAGUUAUAUUCACGCCGCUGGUCUGGUUGCUUUGGUUUUGGCUUUGAUCUAA